AUGAAACAGUGGAAACGGUGGGAGAAGGAAGUAUUAAAACAUUCUAAUACAAGGGACGGAGGAUUACGAGCAGAGCGGGACGAGAAAGGGAAUGAACAGAUUAAGGGAGGACAAGAGCAAGAAGAGGGAGAGACUGUUGGGUGCGAAUGUGCAGUGAGCGUGUACGAAGUUGAAUUUUUAGGUGGAGUGUAUAUCGAAAAAGUGAGGAAACAAGUUUUUUGGAUAUUAAGCUAUGCAAUUGGCGAAUGGGACCAAGCAACCCAAGGUUUCAUAUUAAGCGGAUUUUACUACGGAUAUAUACUUACUCAGAUACCAGCUGGAUAUUUAGCGGAAAAAUUAGGUGGUAAAUGGACACUUGGCCUGGGGUUGUUGAGCACCGCCAUAUUCACUUUUCUUACUCCCAUUGUGACCAGGACAGGUGGAGCUACGUGGCUUUUUGUAUUAAGACUUCUUCAGGGCAUGGGAGAGGGUCCCACAAUGCCAGCAGUAAUGAUCUUGCUUGCUAGAUGGGUACCACCUCUCGAGAGGUCAAUACAAGGAGUCAUUGUUUUCGGUGGAGCUCCUAUGGGUAACAUCCUUGGUUACUUCUUGUCUGGAAUACUUCUCUCCGAGGGCAGGGACUGGUCGUACGUAUUCUAUGUCUUUGGUGGCUUCGGCAUAUUGUGGUUCUUUUUUUGGAGUAUUUCUUGCUACAGCACACCAAAUACACACCCAUUUAUUUCAGAGAAGGAAUUGAGAUAUUUGAAUGACAAUGUAGCAUCAGCGUCAAAAGUAGGAGCAAACGAUCCAGUUCCGUGGAAAGGACUUAUACGAUCUGUGCCAGUCUGGGCCAUGAUAGGUGCUUCUAUUGGUCAUGACUGGGGUUAUUAUACCAUCAUGUCAGAUCUUCCUAAAUAUUCUCACGAUGUCCUGAAAUUCAACAUUGCGGCCGCUGGCACUAUGAACGCACUGCCUUACCUUGCUACGUGGCUGUGUUCUUUUCUCUUUGGCUUCAUCUGUAAUUUUUGCAUCAAAAAAGGCUGGCAUUCUAUCAGGACUGGCAGAAUUAUUUACACUACAAUUGGGGGGGUAGGGCCAGCAGUCUGUAUCGUUAUGGCUUCAUACUCGGGUUGUGAUCGCAACCUGGCUAUGGUUUUUUUUGUACUUGGCAUGGGUCUCAUGGGUGCUUUUUAUUGUGGAAUGAAGGUGAAUCCUCUGGAUCUUGCCCCAAACUAUGCCGGUUCGUUGACGUCCCUAGUCAAUACAUCAUCAACAUCUGCUGGUAUUCUGACGCCGUAUGUCGUAGGGCUGAUGACACCUAAUUCAACAUUACAAGAAUGGCGAGGCGCAUUCUGGCUCUGUUUUGCCGUGAUAGUCAGUUCUAAUGUAGUAUACGCUAUCUGGGCUGAUGGUAAGCAACAGUGGUGGGACGACGUGCGGCAGCACGGGUACCCACCGGGCUGGAAACAUGGCCCAAUCAUCAAGGAGGCAGAUCCUGAAGAAUUUGAAGCAGUACAAAAUCUAAAUGACUUUGAGAAAAAGUAACCUAGAUAAUUUACAAGAAUAAACAGAAAUAUAAAUUGGA